CAUGACUUAGCUUGCUACGCAUGAAUAAACCCUUAGGUAUAAUACAAAAUUUUAGCUGAAGCCAGUCUAAUGCUAAAAGCAUGACUUUAAGCCGAAAGUUUUGCGCAAGAUGCGUUCAAUGGCGAAUUGUUUUGUUGCCCAAACCAGUAACAUACAUUGGCGCAUCACGUAUUUCCCAAACAACAUGCGUACACUACCCAAAGACGGUACGAGAACCAACGUACCCCAGUAUUAAGACUCGACUAGCACAGACAAAUUUCAAGUCAAAAAAGCUGUAUGAUAUUCCACUCACUGCACAAGAAAUGAGAAAACCGUGGGAAUACCCAACCCAAGUUGAUCAAUAUGCUGAAUGGAAACACAAACGAUGGUAUGACGUUCUCUAUCGCAAAUGGGUGGAAACUUGUCCAAAACCGGACCGAGAUUUCACCAUUACCAGAAAAUCUAAAAGAGACAUUUUGUUCCAAGCAGAAAAUAUUCGCGAGCUGCUAAAGUUAUAUCUGGACCGAUUUCACCUAAAAAAAUAUGUGAUUGAGUCUUUCAAUUUUGAGUUUCCAGCGCCAAAUAUUUCCUAUUACUACCAAUACCUUACACACACAAAAUAUGUUCAUGGGAUGCCAUUCAACAUUGAGCAUGCCCCUGUGGAUGAGAAACAUUUAAACAGUUUAAGGGAGUUUGUAAACGACAGAUUAUUGUUGAGGAAUCAUGAGUUGAAAAAUUCAGAACAAAAUGCUUUUACCAAACACACAUCAGAUGAGAAAUUAAUGAGUGAAACGAUAUCAUAUAUUGUCGCGAUAUUGUCUUCUUCCAACCCACAACUCACAAGCUGUGAGAUCGACCUUAAACCUGAGAACUCCAUGUUUUGGCUUCGAGGCCGUGGCUUCUUAAAAUGGACUUUACCUGAAGAUCUACCAGUGGCUUACCAGUGCCAUGAUACUCCAUUGAUACAGAUUCGAACAUCUGAGCAACUUCCGGAGUUUACUUCUCGUCUUGAAGAGAUGAGUUGUUCAGGAAGGAUCCCAACUUUCCAUACAACACCCCAUGUAUUCAGGAGGCCGCUUCUUAAAUACAGAAACACUAUUACUCCAGGUUAUCGUCCCAAUGGAGGAGACAUCGACCCAAACUACCAACAUGCAUUAGAUGCCGAUAAGUUAGAGGAGUUAGCUCCUCCUAUAUAUAACCCACAUCCAUAUGGCCAUACACAACUUUCAUUACUUCCAAUUCAUUACUCCAGAGAUUGGUAUAAUGAAAAUAUGGAGCAUUGUGACAUCACAGAUGAGAUUGAUGAGCAUUUAAAGGGUCAUGGUAUCAUGAGUGGAUGGGUAUGGACGGCUGCUCAAGCACAUUAUGCUGGGCAUUGGAUGGACAAGGAUAUAACUCAGCCAUUUUGUUCACAGAAUAUUGUUACUGAUGGACAAUUCCUGUCAUUCUUCUGCUACCAACUUAACACAAUUGCAAUCGACCCUGACAAUGUUGAUGAGAAUCCAUACAGAAACCUUUGCUAUGGAAAAACUGAUGUUAAGUUGUAUGAAGAGAAUACCGAAAACGGAGUCAUAGAAAUUAAUGAUGAAGCUUUAAAAAUGCUUAUCAAGUUUGUGUCGAAUGGAAAGUCGAUUCAAAAUAAUGUGGGAGCAACAGAAGAAGAAAUUUUGGAGCAUGAUCGUAAAUUAAUAGUCCAAGAACCAGAUAUAGCAAAUCCUGAGUUGGAACAUCAAAUGCCAAUUCAUAAAGUCAGAACUGCAGAACUCAAAAGGUUGGCAAAGGAGAAACGAGAACAAGAGGAUUAUGAGAAAUUACCUUACAGAAAGAAACUGACAAAAAUGAUCGGAAUGAGCUAAAUUAAUAAAACACUUUAUCCAAUUCCGUGUGUCUUUUUUGUCAAGUGUAUUCGUCAGCAAAAUAGUCUACAUGUCUUUUAUUUAUCCAUUUGGUUACAAUAAAAAGAUGAUUUAUACUGUAUAACAAA